AUGAGUUAAUUAAAAGAGUUUACAUGUUUGAAAGAAAAUCAUGAAGGACAAUCUAUAGAAGGAUUAUGUUUAAAUUUUAAUUGCUCCGAACCAUCUCAGUGUUGCUUUAAAUGCAUUAAAGACACUAAGACACACAUCUCUUGCAAAAAUGACUUACUAUAAUUUGAUAAUAUCACUACUAUAGUUGCUAGUUUUGGUUAGAUAGUAGAUAAAUUACAUGUAUCAUUGAAUAAGUCCCAUGAAAUUUUCCAGAAGAUAUAUUAAGAACUUAAUUCUUAUUUAGUGAAUUUACAAAAAAUUAUCAAAAUGAUUUCAGAAGUUUUAACUUAACGAGAUUUUUAAAAUAUUAAAAAUAAUAUCAAUUUUAUGAAAGAGGCUUAUGAUUAUUUGAAUAAUAAAAAAGAAUCUUCAAAAUAGAAUUAAAUUAGUNAAAAAAAUAGAAUUUCAAGAAAAAAAUGGUUUGAAUCUUAAGAUUAGAAGUAUAUAUAAUGUGCUAAAUUGAAUUUAGAAUCAAAGAGAUUCCAAUUUAGAUUAAUAACAAUAAACUUAAAUAAAAAUAAUAAAAAUAAUAAAAAAGCGUAAUAAAUAUUAUCAUCCUAAUUGGAUGUCAUUUUUUAAUUUUUGAUCUAAUUUUUCUAACUAUUAAAUCAUCUUAUCAUAUAAUUACAAUUUAGUUUAAUAAUCAUAAUAAAUAUCGUAAUAAUCUCUCUUUCUCACAUCAAUUAUUGA